CGGACUCCCGGAACAUCACUUGGCCCUCGCUGUCACUCGCGGUCGCCUGGCCGUUGUCAUUGUUCCUCCGCCGUCACCUUUUCAAGCCCCAGGCUGGCUGCUUCAGAAGCCCCUGACCCCAUGGAGGAGUGGGACGUGCCACAGAUGAAGAAAGAGGUGGAGAGCCUCAAGUACCAGCUGGCCUUCCAGCGGGAGAUGGCGUCCAAGACCAUCCCCGAGCUGCUGAAGUGGAUCGAGGACGGGAUCCCCAAGGACCCCUUCCUGAACCCCGACCUGAUGAAGAACAACCCAUGGGUGGAAAAGGGCAAAUGCACCAUCCUGUGAGCCCCGCACCCGGCCCCUCUCACACCAUCUUGUAAGACUGUGCCCGGCCCCACUCACUCUAUCCUGUGAGCCCACGCCCGGCCCCACUCACUCUAUCCUGUGAGCCCUGCACCCGGCCCCUCUCACACCAUCUUGUAAGACUGUGCCCGGCCCCACUCACUCUAUCCUGUGAGACCACGCCCGGCCCCACUCACUCUAUCCUGUGAGCCCACGCCCGGCCCCACUCACUCUAUCCUGUGAGCCCACGCCCGGCCCCACUCACUCUAUCCUGUGAGCCCACGCCCGGCCCCACUCACUCUAUCCUGUGAGCCCACGCCCGGCCCCACUCACUCUAUCCUGUGAGCCCACGCCCGGCCCCACUCACUCUAUCCUGUGAGCCCACGCCCGGCCCCACUCACUCUAUCCUGUGAGCCCACGCCCGGCCCCACUCACUCUAUCCUGUGAGCCCACGCCCGGCCCCACUCACUCUAUCCUGUGAGCCCACGCCCGGCCCCACUCACUCUAUCCUGUGAGCCCACGCCCGGCCCCACUCACUCUAUCCUGUGAGCCCACGCCCGGCCCCACUCACUCUAUCCUGUGAGCCCACGCCCGGCCCCACUCACUCUAUCCUGUGAGCCCACGCCCGGCCCCACUCACUCUAUCCUGUGAGCCCACGCCCGGCCCCACUCACUCUAUCCUGUGAGCCCACGCCCGGCCCCACUCACUCUAUCCUGUGAGCCCACGCCCGGCCCCACUCACUCUAUCCUGUGAGCCCACGCCCGGCCCCACUCACUCUAUCCUGUGAGCCCACGCCCGGCCCCACUCACUCUAUCCUGUGAGCCCACGCCCGGCCCCACUCACUCUAUCCUGUGAGCCCACGCCCGGCCCCACUCACUCUAUCCUGUGAGCCCACGCCCGGCCCCACUCACUCUAUCCUGUGAGCCCACGCCCGGCCCCACUCACUCUAUCCUGUGAGCCCACGCCCGGCCCCACUCACUCUAUCCUGUGAGCCCACGCCCGGCCCCACUCACUCUAUCCUGUGAGCCCACGCCCGGCCCCACUCACUCUAUCCUGUGAGCCCACGCCCGGCCCCACUCACUCUAUCCUGUGAGCCCACGCCCGGCCCCACUCACUCUAUCCUGUGAGCCCCACUCCACUCGCACGUGAUUACAGUCUGUAAAGGUGUGACUUUAUAAAGACA